GCUAAACGUUUUACAUAAGUUCCGGUUCCUGAUGUUGCGUUCGAGCGUUUCCGCCGUUUUACGGCUUGCCAUUCGCCCCACACAACUGAGCAGUGUUCGGAAUUAUGCCGCUCCCCCGAAACGAUUCUACCGUAAUACCGGCGUUAUUUCGAGCAACGGAAGGUACGAAAUCACACUGGACAGCCGAAAGCUGAAAACCCCGAAAGGACUUCCGUUCUUUGUUGAGAGCGAGCCACUUGCAAUCGCUAUCGCUACAGAAUGGGACGCACAGAAGGAUGUGAUCGAUCGAUCGGCUAUGCAUUUGACAGCUCUCAGUAGCACUUUCAUUGAUAAUCCUAAUGGUGUGCAGAAGCACGAUAUGGUAAACUAUCUGGUGAACUACAUCAGCACCGAUACGAUUUUGUUCCACUCGAGCGAAGAACCCGAGUUGAAAAAGCUUCAAACACAGGAGUGGGAACCCAUCAUCGACUGGUGCAACAAGCGGUACGAGAUUAACCUUGCCUCAACGGACUCGCUCGUUGUGCCAACGUUUGCUCCCGGAACGGCCAUGAAUCUGAGCCGUUAUUUCUCGUCCUACAAUACGGCGGCAUUACAUGGCUUUGUGUUUGCGGUGGAUACGAUCAAAUCGAUCAUCCUCACGAUGGCUUGUGUAGAUAGGCAUCUCACAACGGAAAGGGCUGUACAACUGGCGCGACUCGAAGAAGAAUUCCAGCAAGGUCAUUGGGGGAAGGUAGAGUGGGCCCACGACAUCCAGCGAUUGGACACCCAGUCGCGGUUAUCUGCCGCACUGUUGUACGUUCACUUCAACUCGAGUAAUGUCUUCAUCAAAGAGAAGGUAUCACUCUAGAUGCAGAUGGAUGCUAAAUAAAGAUGGAUAUCGUUAACGCGACUUAGCCAUCUUAACCUGA